AUGGUAGAAAUGGGGAAAGAGACUAUAUUGGUCACAAAAUUAAGCAAAGCAGGCCUGUACAGUGAGAGUGCCUCUACAUCCAGCAUCAGAGGAGCUGGCGGCUCCUACUUUGCUGCUGCUGCUGCCCAUUUUGCUCUGGGUUGCUGGAAGUGUACUACAUGCAAGAAGUUUAAUUCUCCAGAGAAGCGGUACUGCUUUCGUUGCUGGGCUCUGAGAAAAGAUUGGUAUUCUGACUGCCCGAAUUUCUUACAUUCUACUUCUACAGCUAAUGUCGCUGCCACGAAAGGAAGGAAAAAAGAGGAAGAUGGAGGGAUUGAUGUUCCAGAAUGCAGAAGGGCUGUUUCCAAUCCAGUUAAUCAGACUGCAGAUCAGAACGAGUUAUUAGAGAAAAACCAGACUGGACCACAUAGUUCCACUGAGCCUUUGGUCUUGACCCAAUGUAACCCUCCAGCUGCAUUUUCAUCUUCCUCUAAACCUUCACUGGAACUGCCUGCAGCAUUACCAGAAUCCAACAAGAAACUUUUGAAGCCUUGUUGUAUGAACAUUGGGAAUAUUAUUCAUGGCAAGACAGCUCACCUUGUAACUUGUUUCUUGUGUGCUAGGAUGCUGCAGAAGUUCAACUCACCUUGUCCAGUGUACAGGCAGAAGAUUAAUUUUGUGAUCAAAGUAUUUGUAGCAUAG